AUGAUCUGUGACUUAAACAUAGUAUAUCCUGUUUCUGAUUUCAAUGAAUCCAUUGAACCCCAACAGUUGAAAGAGUUAAAGAAGGUCUUGGACUUGAGCAUCCAAUUAGGCUAUACACAUGUCGCAUUGAACUUCUGUCCAGAGACGACAACAUCUAACUCAAACAAAAAGAGAUUACCGAACGACCUGAACCUGAUCAACCCCAUCAAUAUAGAUCGGGAUUUCUCUGAAUUCAAGGAUAAAUUGAAGAUCUUCACGAGAAUUACUGUUAAGAUUGACGAUCCUUCGCAAUGUCAAAAUAUUGCAAAAUUCCAAACCAUUUUCGAUAUUGUUGCCGUUGAGCCUAAGACUGAGAAGUCUUUCCAGUCUGCUAUAUCGAACCUUGAUAUCGAUAUUAUUUCGUUCGAUUUGCAAGAUAGGCUACCUUGCUAUAUGAAACAUAAACCCCUGGGUGCAGCAAUUGAUAAAGGCAUCUAUUUUGAAAUCAAAUACACGGAUCUGUUGACCAACUCCAACCGAGCCCAAGUCAUAUCAAAUAUAAAACAGAUAAUUAGGGCAAGCCGAAAUAGGGGGAUGAUUUUAUCCAGUGGCGUCCGACUCAAUAAGAUGUUUCAACUGAGAAACUUGGCAAACGUGACACCAAUAUUGAAAAUGCUAGGCGUAGAUUCAAACAGAUGUAGCAAGAUGUUCAAGGACUGGAGCUUGAAAGUCCUACUUAAUGGUAGGUUGAGAAUUAAAUCGUACAAACAAACAAUAGCUAUUGCUGAUAACGAUUUGAUUGAUAAUUCACUGGAGGAUAAGAAUUGGGAGCAUUCAAAGUUGAAUAACAUUAAAAUCAAUAACGUUAAACAAAAUAUAAAUACCUACAAAAGGAAGAAAACAGAAAAUUCGUUAGAUAGAGUUUUGAAGAAGAGGAAAUCAUGA